AUGGCCCACCAGGCAGAUGCGAAACGAGCGCUGGACGAACGUGGCUACCACGGCAAACUCAUCCGCGGCGACAACCCUCUCAAGCUCUUCGAAAAGCCCGUACGCGACCGCAUCGUCGACUCGUACUACUGGAAAGAACAAUGCUUCGGUCUGAAUGCCGCGACGCUGCUGGACCGCGCAGUUGAGCUGUCAUCCAUCGGCGGCACCUACGGCAUCGCGCAGAGACCAACAGCCUUCCUCUGUCUGGCAUUCAAGCUCUUGCAGCUCACCCCGGAGGACGAGAUCAUCUUGUUCUACCUACAACACGCGGGCGAGGAGUUCAAAUAUCUCAGGGCACUCGCAGCAUUCUACAUCCGACUAGCAUGGGAGAAGGAUGACGAGGUCUACAAGACACUUGAGCCUUACAUGUCCGACGGCAGAAAGCUCAAGAGACGGACAAGAGAGAGCUACAGUAUGACACAUGUCGACGAGUUCAUAGACGACCUCUUGUUGAAGACGAGAGUGUGCGCAACGACUUUGCCGAAGAUCAACCCAAGGACUUUCUUGGAGGAUGAGGAUCGGCUGGAGCCGCGGGAGAGUGCUUUGGGUGAUGAGUUGGAAGAACUUGAUCGCGGAGAGGAGGAUGAGGGAAGUGAGGGAGAGGUGGAAGAGGUCGAGGAGGUGCAGCUCAACGGCAAUGGGCAUCACGAGGAAGGGUCAAGGAAGAGGAGCGCUGAUGAUAUGAGCGAUGCCGAUUGA